AGUGCUCCUCUUGGUCCAGAAAAAAACUAACCCCUCCAAGAACUACCCAUGGCUCGCCCUCAGAUUGCCACUGAAUUCGAAUCUUCCGCCGGAUCGUUGCCCUUAAUAGUAGUUGUAGUUCGAGCUUGUUACAAAUGGAAAUGUGAAAAUGACUUUUUAUUCCGUGCGCUCAUUGUCUUUGUCACCCUCACCUCCAGUAAUUAGAAUAUCAUGAUGUACUAGAGUACAUAUUAGUUACCACCUUUAUUGCCCAACUCUAAUUUUUCCCAGCACGGAAUUUCUAGAAGUUGUCACCUUGUCAGCUACAACAAACCUCGUCCCCUGAACCACAUCAAGUAUAUUAUCGAUCCUUUUCUGAAAAGCACAAAAAUGUCCGGCCUCACGGACGACGUGGAGAUGGGAACGGCAGAGGAGCAAGCGGAGGAGGUUGUCAUGCAAGACAGCAACUACAACAGUCCAGACUCCGACAUGACCCACCUUUUAGACGACCCGGAAGAUCAACAUGAACAACAAGAAGUCGACGACAUCGCAGCAGACGCGUUAAUGAGGGACGACGACGCGGGCCGCCCUGAGCAGGCAUCGUCCUCCUCGUCAUCGGGGAAGAGAGUUGAUGGAAAGGGACCGACACCAAUGUCAACAUUAUCAACAGGUGCAGCCGACGAGGACGAGUCCAAAGACCUCGACAUGCAGUUGCUUCUGGAGGGAAUGAGGAAGAAGGGUCAACAGCAGGGCAAGCAAGACCUGUUCGAUCUGAAAGGCACAACUGGUAAAGGAACAAGUAAGAGUAAAGCAGACGCGAUACUAGCAAAGGGAAAGAAGAUGAUGCUGCUCGACAAAAUGAAAGGCGGCAAGGGAAACAAACGACCGGCACAACCACCAUCGCCAGAUGAGCUUCUUGAUACACACGACAGUAAUAUUCGUGGUCCUGUAAUAGAUGCGCUAAAGUCUUCGCCGGAUCUGCAACCACCGGUGGACGGGAAUGUGAAGGAAGGGCAACACGACAUGCCACCACCAAAGAACAAAACGCAAAGUAAGAGCGAAGAUUAUAGCCAAAGCAAGAAGGCAAAAGUCAGUCCCUCAAACAACAACAUAUCCGCGUCGUCCAAAAAUAAGAAGGGCCCUACAAGUACAACCCCGGCGGUUUUAGAUUUGUUUCAGGACCUGCAAGACCUGAAGGGGAACAACAAGAAUUCCAAGGACAAUCCUCAGGACAGCGGGGACGAUAUGAAAUGCAAAAGCAUCGUACUAGUAUAAAUUGCAAUACAAAUUGGCUCAGCAUUACAAAUUGAAUUUGUAAUGCGGAUUUGCCUUCACAAAAAAAUCUGUGAUGCAUAAAAGCAAUUAGUACGAGUACGAUACUUUUGCACAGGAUAGACGAAAUUCCUCCGGAGCUGUUGCCGAAAUUGGAGAAGUAUGAACUGCAAAAGCAUCGUACUCGUAUAGAUGCAUUACAAACUUCCUCAGCAUGAGAAAUAAAAUCUGUAAUGCUGAUUUGCCUUGGAAGCAAGAUUUGUGAUGCAAGACUUGCAUUUAUACGAGUGCGAUACUUUUGCACAGGAUAGGAAGAGGUACGGGGUUCCGGGCAAGAAGAUUGUCUCCAUGGUGGAGGGGGACGACAAAAACGAGAAAUUGGUCAUGUUCAACGACUUUAGCCUGGGCGACGUAAUAUCAAAUGCAAAAAUGUCUGGGUCUGGAAGAAUGCAAGUUUGUCAUGCUUGUCUCACAUGACUCGCGAAACUGUCAUGCACAUUACCCAAGCGCCCCGUUUUUCUGUCAUGCAGAAACGCAGUUUGUCUUGCAGAAUAGGGAACACCUAGAAGCUCAGAAACUUGUCAUGCUGAGCCAGCACUUGCGGCCUCCUCAUGAUACGCCACCCAGCAUCACAAGUUUCCAGACACAGACACUUUUACACUUGAUACGUAAUCGACUUCGACGAUUUGGACGGCACGAAGCCAAAGAAAUUGACGCUGUCGGAACUCCUGCUUGCGGAGGUGAAGCAACGAUACGUGCAGAACGCCCUGCGGGUCAUCAACGACGAGGAGUUUGACGCGAUCGUAUGAAAGUGCACAACUCCACCUGCUGCUCCCCCUCACUUGUAUUGCAUGAACAGCAUUACAAGCGCCAGCCAGAAUACCGGUUUCGCAUGACAAAUUGGGACAGGAGAAUAGCGCUAUUUUUUGGGCUGCCAGAACUUGUCAUGCAAACAGUGCCAAGAGCCAAGGCGUAAGCUAGGCAAUUUGCAUGACAAACAAGGUCCACGCGUGGGGACAGGGUCCCCACGCUGGGGCCUUGUGCUCGUCCCUAGUGGCGCUAGUGGGGGAAGGGUGUUCGGCAUCGGGGCGGACAGCGUCCGCCCCUCGCCUCACACCAGGCGCGCGCGUAGUGGCUUAGUGCGCGAAACGCUAGUGGGGGAAGGGUGUUCGGCAUCGGGGCGGACAGCGUCCGCCCCUCGCCUCACACCAGGCGCGCGCGUAUUGGCUCAGUGCACGAAGCGCUAGUCGUGGAAAAAGGGCGAAUUAGGCGCCCUGCAUUUUGCAAGAAAAAACAAAAAUAGAAGCAGAGUAGAUAUCUCUGUGUGGCUGCUGCAAAAAAGUUCUCUAACAUUGAAGCGCAACGCCUUCCGAUUCCACAGAGCAAAGUAAGCAGCUGUCUCCUGGCCGUGCAUUGCAGAGAUAGCCGCUUUUUUAUUUUUGCAUGGCAACGCAAAGACUUCUUUGUUUAUGGAGGCAGGUUGUGUUGCAGCUUUAAUCUUUUUCAUUUUGUGCGUCGCAUUUUUUUUUGGCGCUUUUAAUUUAUUUUUCAUUUUCCCGUCGGCAUUUGGCGUGGAAAAUAAAUAAAUAUUUGCGUCCAGGCGCUGGUCUCGCCUUUGCUUUAUCCUCUCGCCCCGCCUGUCGCGGCCACCUGUCCGGGUCACCUGUCAAGGUCACCUGUCAAGGUCACCUGUCAAGGUCACCUGUCAGGGUCGCCUGUCAAGGUCACCUGUCAAGGUCACCUGUCAAGGUCACCUGUCAAGGUCACCUGUCAAGGUCACCUGUCAGGGUCGCCUGUCAAGGUCACCUGUCAAGGUCACCUGUCGAGGUCACCUGUCGAGGUCACCUGUCGAGGUCACCUGUCAUGGUCACCUGUCACGGUCACCUGUCAAGGUCACCUGUCGCCGGGGGGUAGGCGGGACCAGAUCCCGGAAGUCAAGCAAUGUAAAUAUUAAUGAGGGAGCAGGGCGAGUUGUGCACUUUCAUAGAUCGAUGCUGACAACCAGAACCUGCGCAUUCUCUUCGUGGGCAGCGGCAACAUGGGGUGGGAAGCGGACCUGUCGCUCAAAGUCGCGCACUUUCACUACGAAUUCGCGGACCAAUUGAAGAAGUUGACCCAGGUGCCGGAUUUGCUUAGCGAGACAGCGAAGGAAAAAUUGCUGAGCAACUUCGACAAAAACGGCAAGGCGAAAAACGAACUGAACAACAUCAGCCUGGUAUGCAAAAGAAAAACUGUGUAAGUGUAAAUUUGUGUUGCAGAACAUGCAACAGAGUUGCGCCUGUCAUGUCAGACAGCCAUGAACAAGUCCUCUUUUCAUGUGUGUUUUCCCUUACAAGCCACGCGUAACAGGUUUUCUCUGUCAUGUAGAGCAAAUUUGUGAUGCUGUUUCUCAAAGAAACAAGGCACACUUACACACUUUUUCUCCUGGAUACCUGCACUGCAUCGACGUGACCGUGCUGGAGCCGAGUUUCCGCGGCAACGGGUCCGAGGACUUAUGGGAGUGUCAGGAUCGAAAUUGACAAAAUCGAAAAAUUUGUAAUGCAUAAAAUGUAGGGUACAUAUGGCCUGUAUUGGGGAGCAGGCAAAUGAGACCGAUUGCAAGCCUGUUUAGGGAAGGCGAUGCGCUGCCGGAGUAGCAUGACAGGAGCAGUCUUCUUUUCCGAAACAGCAUGACAGGCUGGAUUUUGUUGCUCCCGAAAUUUGUCAUGCACCACUUGGAAACUAGGCUCCAACUGGUAUCCAUUUUAUGCAUCACAAAUUAUUUCGAUUUUGUUGAUUUCGAUCCUGACACAUCCAUAGGACUUUGAGGUGAAGUACCAGGGCGAGGACGGGGUGCUCUGGAAGUCGAUUAUCGAGGCGUGCGGGCAGUUAUCCUGUGCAAAAGUAUCGUAUUCGUAUUGCAAUCAUGCAUUACAAAUCUUUUAUAAGUAAUCAAAUCCGCAUUACAAAUUUUAUUUCUCAUGCUGAGGGAAUAAUUUGUAAUGCAUUUAAAUACGAGUGCGAUACUUUUGCAAUGCAUAGCAGUGCGUCCGGUUCACGGUGGACGCGGAAUUUCUGACCGGGUCCCUCCACUUGGCCCGGGAGCGCGGCUCCGGGGGGACGGCAAAGAGGAGAACGCUGUUUGAGCAAUUCGCCACGCGUUUUCGCAUAUCAAGUGUAAAAAUGUCUGGGUCUGGAAGAAUGCGCGACUUGUCAUGCAGCUUUUCCAUGACCCAUGAGGUCUGGAAUGCAGGGCCUAGCGUGACAGAUUCUGUGCGAUCUUUCUGAUGCCUAUCCUGCAUGAGAAACUGCCUCCCGACUUGGUCAAAACUGGACGACUUUUGGUAAGCAUGCAACACAGAUUUUUGGAUGCUUCAGAUUUAGCAUGACAAGUUGCAUUCUUCCAGACCCAGAGGACACUUUUACACUUGAUACCGCAGGGAGGACUAUGAUUUGGAUGCGGAUGAGAGCAGCCCGAUGGAGACCGACGGGCAAGAGGGGAACGAAGACGAGGACAGUGGUAUCAAAAGGAAAAAUCCCCCCUCCCCAUAUCAAUAACGUAUCCGUCUGAAAAUUUGUGAUGCAGAUUUGUGGCCACAAAUCCUGCCUGUCUUGCAGGAAGGCAAAUUGAGAGAGGGCGCCGCGCCAUGCAGGCGGUUUCUCAUGCUGUAAGGCCUACAGGGCAGACGUCUGCCAUGCUAAACGCCUACACGACCAGAAGGCCCCCGUCUAGGUUUGCGAUCUGCGUGCAGUCCUCUACUGCAAGACAGAUCUGAUUUGUGUAUACAAAUCCCGCAUCGCAGAUUUCCGUUUUGAUAUGGGGAGGGGGAAUUUAUUUUCCGUUCGAUAAGCGUGGACGCAGACGAAAGAGAGGAGAAGCGGCGGGAAGAAAUCGAAAAAGAAAAGCGGAAAGUGUUUCAUUCCAUGAUGAACCUCCCGGAAGAGGCACAGAACAUCUAUGACUACGUGAUUUGGAAUAAUCCUUUCCCGACCAUCACGAGGGACGACGUGAAGAAGGCCAAAGAUAUGAACAAUUCCGCGACGAAGUGGCUGUUCGCUUUGUAUCCUGAGUAAAAACGUCCUCACCCCAUAGUCAAGAUGGUAAAUCUGCAAGGCAAAUCUACAAGCUUAGGCCGUUGCGCAUGACAAGUUCGGCCUCGUACUGUGCUCCUGUUUAGGUAGUUCGUCAGCAUCACAGAUCUAGCAUAGCAUGAUGAUUCUAGCAUAACAAAUUCCAAAACACGAAGAGAAAUUGUUUCUCAUAGGACUCCGCAUGAGAAACAUUUUGAGCAUGCGUCUUUGCAUGACAACUCUGGAGUGGGGACGUUUUUACAAAUGAUAAGCUGCUGCCCAAGUUCAUCGCGUCGACCAAGAACGUGCUGAAGGCCACCGGAAAAUGCUGCAUCACGGUGACCCCGUCGCAAGCUUUGGGCAAGAUGCCGGAGAAGGACGCCAACGGGCGAAUCGUGAAAUGGACCUCAACCUGGAGCCUGAAGCAAGCCGCUGCGGAGAAUUCCUUUCCGAACAGUGAAGAGCUAGGCUUCGACACCCGGCAUGGCAUGCAUUUCUACAAAGCGUCGUAUGGGGAUUUUCGCUCUCUCAGCCAAAUUGUGUCGGAAAAGGUACUAUGUAUGAUAUUUGAAUCCCGGUCCCAUUCUAAAAAUAUAGAUAAUUUAUGUAAGUCGCUAGUCUGCUAAACAACAGAAGUUGAGCUACCUAAUCAGAUGAGCGAUGAACAAGUAGAGGAUGUAUCAUCUUCAUGGUUCUUGCUUUUCUUUCGCUUUCCCACAACGUCACAACAUCGGAAAGACAAUAAAUCCCCGACCCAAAAAAUUGCACAGGACAAACAAGUAAAGGCCGGCGCCUCGUACAUUGAGACCGCCGAAGGGCACUCCCGCGUGAUCAGCUACAUGUUCUUCAACGCGAUGAAGAACAAGAAAGCUCAGAAGGACGCGACGCUGCGAAAGAAUAUGCCAAAGUGGCGAGGUUUCGAUGAGGCGACCCAGCUGCAACUGCCGGAAAACUACAGGAAUAGCAUUUCGAAAAUAAAACUACCCUCAUCCACGACCGCCACCGACAGUGCUUCAUCUCCUACAGCUGCUGCUGCUACUAUCGCAGAGGAGAACGACCUCAGUUACGCAGAGGCCUUCCGGUCCAUCCUGCUCAUCUUCGCCAAGCGCGUGGUGCCGCGCCAACACAAGGAGGACGGGGGACCCCCGUUGUUUUCCGCUGCGAACGGGUUUAUCACCGAUGUGUUCCCGAAACUGCUGCAGAGGCACCUGCAGCCCGGGGCCCGCAGAACUUUCGUGGACACUUGGAAGAGAAAGUACAAAUGCGACGAAAACGGGGACGCGGCUGGGACGAACAUUGCGAAGAUGACAGGCGGGUCGAAGAUAAACAUAUGA